AAUGCAGGCGAUGUGGACAGUGCCUAAAAAACAAUGGCCACUUAGCAAAGAAUCUCGGUGCCUCGCAGUCGACGAAAUCGCUCGUUUCUUAUUGUCAUCGUGACCAUUUGUCUGGUAAAUAUCGCGUUCCUCGGGACUUUAUCAGCAAAAGGCCACAGAAAGGCUUUGAAAAACUAUUCUUCGACGAUUCGCACUUGCAACAAGAUAAUUUAAAAGAAUUUUAAGAUUUUUGUAAAAAAGCAUCAGUAAUGGCAAAAUUACCAGAAGGCAAUGUAAAUUUCGAGGGAGAUCCACGAAUUAAGACACAGAAAAAACUUGAUGAUGAUUUACAUUACUACACAGAUAUUGAUCAGCCAACUAGAUCUUGGUUGAAUUCUUUGCAUCAUAUUUGGAGUUUAUGGAAAAAAAGUGUUGCUGUUACACUAACUCUACACGAGUACUUUGAUACAGCACCCAAUCCUUAUUACAGUGCUUUGAGAAUCUGUUUCAAUACCAAUGAUUUCCAUUAUGCCAAAACAAAGUCCUCUUUAGCAUUUACAGUAAUUGAAGAAUUUAUUAUUUGGAUAAAACAAAAAAAAGAUAACUUCAUAGCAUGUCUAUCUAUACCCUUAAAAAUUGCUGCUUUCAAAAUUAUUACUAAACAGAAGAAUAUACAACUAAUUAAAAUGGUGUUUGAAGUAUACGAAUUGCAAGCUAGUAAAGAUAUUUUUGUACCUCACAUCAAGGAAUUGCUUGAUGAUAAAAAAUUUAAAGAAUCAGGUCAGGUGGUGGAACUAUUAAAACUCCAAAGUUCAUUUGCUAAUCCAGAAGUACUGUUACUUCCUUUGAUACUCCAAAAUAAAGUGUCAAUUGCAGAAGACAUUUUGCGAAAUGAACCUGAACUUCAACAUAACUUUGUUACUUAUUUAGAUCAAUUACUGUCUCCAGACAAAAAUUUAACUGUGUUUCUAGAGAAUUUUGCUUCAGACAAUUUCAUUUCCGAUGUAAAGAUAUCUACUUUACAACACAAACCAUUCGCUAAAUUGGUAGCUCGCUUGGCUAAACUUUAUAAUCUUCCACCUGAAGCCUGCCCAUAUUUGCACAAGAAAAGGGGUGAAGGUGCCCUACAGUUCUUAGUUUAUAAACGUUAUACUGAUGGAAGUUUGAGUGUACAAAGUUGGAGGGAAAUGGCGAAAGAAGCUGUUUCAUCUGACCCAAGGCUCCAAGUAGAAAUUUUAAAAUUAUUGCUAAAUGUAAAUGAUGCUCCUGAAGCUUUGUAUUUUGCAAGAUUGUACAAUGUACCUAAAGAGCAGUGGCCUUGGCAUUUACAGAAUUGGUCUUCUGAGAACACUGACUCUGCUGAUAAUGUUCAAUCAAAUGAUUUGAAAGAUCAAGAAGAUUGGGAUGAAGAUGAUAUUGCAGUGUAUCAUACAUUAAAUUUACCUAGGGAUAGUAUUUAUAUGAUAGACUCAACGAAAUCUUUUGAAGAAUUCUUAUGCUAUGGAUUAAAAAACAUUAAUCUAGUAGGAAUAGACUCAGAGUGGAAACCAAGUUUUAGUAUUAAAAAGCCAGAAUUAGCUCUUAUUCAGAUUGCAACUCAUGAAAAAGUGUAUAUUCUAGAUGUUGCAAAAUUUGGAGAAGAUCAUAAACAUCUUUGGGCAGAAUUAGGAACAGUUUUAUUUAAUAAUAAAGAGGUGACAAAAUUGGGCUUUGGUAUUGCUCAUGAUAUGACUGUGAUACGAGAAAAUUUGCCAGCUCUUGCAAAUGUUCGAGCAUGUGGUGAAGGGUACUUAGAUUUAGCCCAUUUAUGGAAAAGAUUAUUAAAAGAAGAAUGUUUUGUGUUCCCUUUUGUUGGAGAUGAGCACUUUACAAAUGAAAAUUUGAGUAAAUUGGUAGAAUUGUGCCUUGGGAAUAGGUUGAACAAAUCGGAUCAAUUUUCUAAUUGGCAGAAUAGACCAUUGAGAGAGCGACAAAUUAUAUAUGCAGCUUUAGAUGCAUAUUGCUUGGUGGAAAUUUACAAUGUAUUGUCUGCACAAUGUGAUAAAUUAGGUAUUUCUUUUCAAGACUUGUGUUAUCAGUUGCAUCAUCCUACUCACAAAGUGGCAGCAGGCUCAGAAAAUUCCAAACCUUCAAGGGGAAAAUCAAAAAAAUCACGCAAUAAGUAUCAAGAUACGCAGUUCAAGUACACUAUUCCAAAACAUAUGCACCAAUAUCAAUCUCAAUGGUUGCCGCAAAACGUUCAGCAAAAUCACAAAAAUCAUACUAUCCCAAACAGUGAGAAUUUCAAGCCGUCGACUAGUACACAUGCGUCACGGAAGUCAUUUAACACGAACUCGGAGCGAAAUACGGAUACAAAUGAUAUUGAUUACAAAGGCACACAAAAUCAUUUGAGACCCAGAAACGACCAACCAAAUAGUUCAAAUAAUUAUUCUGUGAAUAAUAAACCUCAACAAAGUUUGACAGUUCAAACAGUUGGUUUCGUCUGUGAUACAAUGCUAAUCGGACUUGCUCGUCAACUACGUAAAUGUGGUCUUGAUUGCCUCUUCUUCUCUGGUGAUAAGAGUGGCGAGCAAUCUUGCAAAGCCGCUUUCGAGCAGGGAAGAAUUUUUUUGACAAGCGACAGACAUUAUGAACGUUUUGUUCAAUAUUUUCCUGUGGGAUAUUGUUAUAAUGUAAGGAAAUGCAAAGCUGAGAUGCAGCUCAAAGAAGUCCUUGAACAUUACAACAUUAAAAUAACUGAACCGGAUAUUUUCAGUCGGUGUCAAAUGUGUAAUUCAAACGAAUUUACAUAUGCUUCGAAAGAUACAGUUAAUCAAUUAUUUCAACGCAGCAGUUUACAACCACAUCCCGGUCCGUCGACGAACAAUCAAUUUAACACCUGGGACACGAUGAAAAGAGGUAGGCAAAUGUGCGAUAACGAUAAGCAAUUUAGUUGCCGCUCAUGGCGAAUGUAUUAUGGUACCUUGAACAUGGUGAAAUGUACAACAAAGUACAACGCAAAAGUACAAAUAGAUCAAGUUCCAGCGAAUAUUUUGCAACACGAGAAGAAAUUUUACAUUUGCGACGGUUGCGGAAAAGUUUACUGGUUUGGUUCUCAUAUCAACAACGCUCUUAAUAGAGAAUUGAAAGAUAUUUUAACUUAGGUUUUUAUUUCGCUUGAACCGAG